CAAACGCGUUUGUCCUGUGGGGCUUGCUGUAGUCGCCGGUUACUGGAGGUCGGGCAUGCUCCUGAAACAUCCACUGCGAAAUGCUAUGCAGUCACCGAAAAGCCUGUGAUUGAGAGGGAUUCAAAACGAAAUGUGCCACGGGCUGCUGCUUAAAUUGUUCUCCCGCUGAGCCGACAGGUGUCGGGCUGAGAAGAAACGCGCAGAAAACGCGAAGCGGCUCAGAAAGCUGUCCGUCCGUUUUGUCCUACAAAGGCGCCGAGAGAGUUUGACAGCGGCCUGACGUGAGGAGGGCGACAUCCCACAGGGAAAAGACUACAUGAAACAAUAAAGACAAGUCCUUAUUCUGCUGUAGAGGGAAGCGAGCUGAAAGAUGAGGAAGGACGUGAGGAUUUUACUCGUGGGAGAGCCCAAGGUGGGGAAGACGUCUCUGAUAAUGUCUCUGGUCAGUGAAGAGUUUCCUGAUGAGGUUCCUCUCCGAGCUGAAGAGAUCACCAUCCCAGCUGAUGUCACCCCAGAGAGGGUUCCCACACACAUUGUGGACUACUCAGAAGCUGAACAAUCGGAUGAGCAGCUGUACCAAGAAAUAUCAAAGGCCAACGUUAUCUGCAUAGUUUACUCAGUGAACAACAAGAAAUCCAUCGAAAAGGUGACCAGCCACUGGAUCCCCCUCAUAAAUGACAGGAUAGACAAGGAUAGCAGGGUACCAUUGAUCCUUGUUGGAAACAAGUCAGACUUGGUGGAACACAGCAGCAUGGAGACUAUCUUGCCAAUCAUGAAUCAAUAUCAGGAUAUUGAGACCUGCGUAGAGUGCUCUGCCAAAAACCUGAAGAACAUCUCUGAGCUUUUCUACUACGCCCAGAAGGCUGUUCUCCACCCAACAGGACCCCUGUACUGUCCAGAGGAGAAGGAGUUGAAGACCUCUUGCAUCAAGGCUCUGACUAGAAUCUUUAAAGUGUCUGACCUGGACAACGACGGCAUCCUUAAUGACAAUGAACUCAACUUCUUCCAGAGAACAUGUUUCAAUACACCGCUGGCACCUCAAGCCUUAGAGGAUGUAAAGAAUGUGGUCAGGAGGAACAUGACCGAUGGAGUCAAGGACAACGGACUCACACUCAAAGGGUUUCUGUUCCUGCACACCCUCUUCAUACAGCGAGGUCGACACGAGACCACCUGGACUGUGCUGAGGAGGUUUGGUUACGACGAUGACCUGGAGCUCACGCAGGAAUACCUGUUCCCCUUGAUAAAGAUACCCCCAGAUUGCACCACGGAGCUUAACCACAACGCUUACCUCUUUCUCCAGAGUGUCUUUGACAAACAUGACAAAGACAGAGAUUGUGCGCUGUCGCCAGACGAGGUGAAGGACUUGUUCAAAGUGUUUCCAUACAUGCCCUGGGGUCCGGAUGUCAACAACACGGUUUGCACUAACGACCAGGGAUGGAUCACAUACCAGGGAUACCUCUCCCAGUGGACGUUAACAACAUAUUUAGAUGUACAGCGUAGUUUGGAGUACUUAGGUUACCUGGGCUACUCUAUCAUCUAUGAACAGGAGUCUCAAGCUGCUGCUAUUACAGUGACGCGUAACAAGCGCAUUGAUCUGCAGAAGAAACAGACCCAGCGCAGCGUCUUCCGCUGCAACGUCUUGGGCGCCCGGGGCAGCGGGAAGAGUGGCUUCCUCCAAGCUUUCCUAGGCAAGAACCUGCAGCAACAACGGCGAAUUAGAGAAGACCAUAAGUCCUUCUACGCCAUCAGCACGACCUAUGUCUAUGGCCAGGAGAAGUACCUGCUGCUCCAUGAAGUGAUGCCAGACUUUGACUUCCUGUCAGAGGCCGACCUAGCCUGUGAUGUGCUCUGCCUGGUGUAUGACAUCAACAAUCCACGCUCUUUCGAAUACUGCGCCAAAGUGUACAAGCAAUACUUCAUAGACAGCAAGACACCAUGUGUGAUGAUUGCCGCCAAGUCUGACCUGCACGAAGUACGGCAGCAUUAUAGCCUCUCGCCGCAGGAGUUCUGCCGCAAACACAAGCUCCACCCACCCCAGCUGUUCACAUGCAACACGACCGACGCACUCAACAAAGACAUCUACACUAGACUCACAACCAUGGCCAUGUACCCCCACAUCCGUCUCCGCAGCAUGUGCGCCUGCAACAGGUGCACCUAUUGCCUGUGUCAGAACCUCCUCAAGUCGGAGCUGCUGCGCAGUAUUAAGGCCCAAAUCCGCAGGGUCGUUUUCAACAGGCACAUGGCUCAGGCAGACCUGAAGAACUCCACCUUCUGGCUGAGAGCGAGCGUCGGUGCCACAGUGUGUGCCGUUCUGGGCUUCGCCAUGUACAGAGCACUUCUCAAACAGCGGUGAUUAGACAGCAUGAGACAGCUACUUCCUCACCCCCGGUCCCAUCUGUUGACUCUGCCCCUUCCCUCCUACCUGAAAGACUAAAAAGAAAAAGCCUGGAUGAACAACCAACCAACCAACCAACUAGGCCCAUUGCCUCAGUCCCCCUCAUCCAUUUCCCACAACAUGAGCAAGAAACAAAUGUGCAAGUUGAUAACUACAUUUUAUAUACAUUUAAAAACAAAGAGUUUGGUUUUUGUAGUUUGUUUGUUGUAGGGACAGGGGCAGGUUACUUUUGGAAAUAUCACUUGUCCAUCACUCAAUUUGUAACAUCCUGUGAUCUGUUGGUCUAGUCUAGUCCGGCUCAGACACUACAAGUCGCUGGGUGUUUCCAGCUGAUCCAGUCCUCCCUGUUUUUUGUUUUUUUUGUUUUUCCCCUCAGGUCAGUAUUAUUAGUUAGACGGUUGGAGACCGGAGCGAGUCAGCCAUACACAGAAACACCACAAAGGGACUUGAAUCUGUUUAUAGAUGUGUAUAUGCAGCAUAUUAUGUAUGUAUUCCUCAAGAAUUUUAGGCUCGGACCCGUAGACGGCAUCACAAGCAGCACCUACAAGGAGGUGUCGGUGCUACAUCUAACUCUAGAAAGGUCAUGGAUGCACUUCUUCAUUUUGCGUGUUUAAUUUAUUAACCUGUUUCUUUGUUUUCUUGUCUGUUUUGAGUGCGUUGCAUGAAACAGAAGGAGGGAUUUACAUUUUCCAUUGUAUUUUUGUAUUUAGCAUCAUCACAGCUGUCCUCGUCAUGACUUCCUGCGACUGUUUUUAAUUUUUCUGUCUUCAGAUAGAGCUUUGCCCCUCUUAUAUUUUUAUGAAGUUAGAGGCACCAUAGAGCAAGAGAUUAUGCUAUUAACAACCAUUCAGUGCACCUCUCACACCUUUAAAAUUAUGAAACCGUUUCUUCUCAUUCUUCUCUUUUCCAGCAUUUACAAAAAAAAGAAUUGUACGUUCUGGAAAAAGCUGUUUAUUCGCGAGUUAUUGGGUGAAAUGAAAGCUAAUUUAAGAGCAACAUGAAAAAUAAAAUGGUUUUAAAUAUGUGUAAUAAAUUGCAUUUACACUCA